AUGUCAGGUAAUGUCUCGGUCUCCACCAAGCGAUCAAGCUCCAAGGAACACGAAAGAAGAUCAAACAGCAAACGUGCUGGUUCGUCGGAAGACAAUAGCCAGAAACACAAAUCUGGACUGGCGGCGGUGUUUUGGAUAACACCGCCAAUUGAAAUGCUGACAAAAGGUGUCCCGACGACAGCUCUGGUGCAGGACUUCCAGUCCUACACCCUCGACGACUUCAAGAGAGAAGUCGUCGAACGGUUAAGCCUUAAAGAGUGGGGCCACCAACUCCUCUCUCUCACCAUGGGAGAGGACCUGAGCUUCUUGGAAGCUCAGUCAGAAGCAUCCAAGAACGGCAAAGUGGCGGUGAUGAUCAAGACAACAGAGGUGAAACAACAGGAACCCCCACAGGAACCACCUAACGCUGCAAUCAAAACACCCGAGAGUCUGCAAGACCCAGACAAGGAGGCUGAGAACAGGUCUUUGGCCUAUUCAGCUAUGGUCACUGAAGCGCGUGAACAGGGUGCAGAUCGCAUGAACAUGAAUGUGCGCCUUUGGCAAUUCAAUAUGAUGUACACACUUUCAAAGACGGAAGCCGCAGUCCAAAUGGACGAAGUCGUCCUGAAGUUGACCGACGAGGAAGUGCUUGAUCAAGCCAUUCAGUACAGUUACGAUUUGCGAAAGCUCAACAAGAAAAUGUCAGGCCAAGAAGAGGAAGAUAACGAACAAUAUUCUUCCAAAGACCCCACACCACCACCGACCGAUUACCAACCAAUCACACAAGAAGAAGUGGACGAGUACAGAAAGCAGACUUCAUGGCUGGAUAACCCGUUGUAUCAGCGACAAGACCAUGAAGACGCAUGCAGUUUCUUAGGCAUUGAGGAUCCCGAUCAUCCUCGAAUCGACGGCCUCCGGGCUCCCUUCGAACUAGAAUUCUACCAACCAACUGCAAUCAAAGCCAUGGUUGACUUUGAGAACUCCAAAACACACUCAGGUCUUCUAGGAGACGAUCCAGGACUAGGGAAAACAUUGGAAAUGCUCGGUCUUCUCUUGUUUCGAUCCAAUCAACGCCGCAGACGCCUCGAGAAGAAAGAGACCGUUGGUCCGGCAAAACCAACCUUGGUUUUGAUGCCGGCUGGACUUGUUACUCAAUGGAAGGACGAGAUUCUGAAGUUCACGGAUCGAUUUCGAGUCGUUGUCUACUACGGUACAGCCAUAAAGACCAGUGAAGAAAAUGUGAUUUAUCACAAAGGCAAACUCAACAGGAGUUCGGAGUACUUUAACACCAGCGAUGAAAAGAACUUUGACACUAUUAUUCUUUCUACUUACACCACAUGGGCAGCACGACAUGGUCCCUCCGCGCAGAGAAAGUUUCACAUCAGUCAAUGUGAGGCAGAUGGGAUGCGCCUCUCGGAAGCAAAGAAUUAUGUGCGCGCCAAUUUCAAUCCUCAGUCGGCGGAUAUGAGCUGGGAUGGUCAGCUACAGGGCUUGAUGCAGCGUGCCAUAAUCGAUGAAGGUCACUUGAUACGACACAUGCCGAAGAAUGUUGGCGCUGCUGUUCAGUGGCUACAAGCUGAUUAUCGAGAUGUCAUUACUGGAACUCCCACACUCAAUGGUCUCGACGAGUUUAUGGGCAUCAUGGCUUUCAUGCAAAAUCCUGGUCUCAAUGACCACACGUAUCUAACUUCCUUAGGCUUCCAGGACGUCGCCGUGGACAAUCCGUUGGAUGAUGUUCUCUCCAGAUUUGAUCCCUGGUCAGUGGAUGAUGAUGACCAACGAAGUCAGCUGAAGUUCUGUUCGCAGGCGCUGAAGCAAUAUGUGUUUGAUUCGGGCUAUACAGCUGCCGAACAGGGCACUCGUAUGAUGGAAGUUCUCAGUAAAAUCAUGAUCCGAAGAAGCUUUGCCUCUUCCAUUGGUGGAAAGCGCAUUGGGGACACUUUGCCUGAGUUCCAAAGGUUGACCAUCGAUUGUGAUUAUACACCUGAAGAAAGAGCGCAUUAUGAGGCUGCCUAUAUGGAUACCUCCAACAGGUUGGUAAGAAAAGCCAAAGAUGAGACCAAGCUUAUGUGGAGUACGACGACAUACCGAAGGUUGUGUCUCAUGUCUACAUGGCUCGGCUUCUCCUACCUUCUGCACUACAAGGCUCCCUUUUUGAAGAAAUUCCGGCAGACAAACGGAAAUGCGACUACCAUUCUCAAAGAUCUUCGAGCUGGCCAGAAGAGAGCAAACAUCCCGGAAGAGAAAUGCAUCAAGGUACCGUCAAAGGAGGACAUCCAGUCAAUUCUUCAAGCCCAUUGUACAGGUUCCCCAAAACUCCGAUCGCUUCUCGGUCUUCUCGCUGAGAUAGUCGUCUUGUUGAAAGAAAAGGCUGUCAUUUGGUGCAACACCCCAGCACAAAUGGAGUGGCUCUGGUGUGUACUACAGUUGUGUGGAUUAGACGCACAUCAACUUCGAGCAGACCUAAAAGGAAGCGAACGCGAUGAGCUCAUGAAGGACUUCCGCAACAAACCAGACAAGACUAUGAUUCUUAUCUGCUCUUGGAUGGUCUCCUGCGCCGGUAUCAAUAUGCAAAACAACUGCCGUACAAUCAUCGAAUUUGAGCCUGCUCCAAGUGAGGGCGUUCGACAACAGGGCAUUGGUAGAGUUCGACGAAAAGGUGCAACGAGAUGGUGUCGCCAUAUCUGCUUGCGGAAUGCGAACUCAUUCAACACACAACAGGCCGCAAUAUCUUUGCUUAAGAGCCUUCCAGCUCUUCUGACUCAGCUCGACUUGGAGAUAUGGGGCAGCGAUGAGGAUUCAAACGAUGAGGAUAGAAUAUUGGGUGACUACGUAAAGCACGACGGGCGUCUUUACCCCGCCAAUGACCCCGCUGUCGUUGGCCUGGAACUUCCUGUUCUUGAUCCUGAUACCCUUUUACUACACAUUCAGCAAACACUUCUUGGUCAAGAACUGGAAGGAGACAUAGUUUCACUUCGCGAGGCGACAAAACCUAAGAGGUAUUCCGAGGUAGCAGGAAGAUUGGAGCCAUUGUGGGUUUAG